UUGAAUCCGGAUUCAUUUUACGAGGGGGAAAAGUGGUGAAAAUGAAGCCUCUCUUUAAUUUGCUUGCCGUGAUCUUGUUUUUACACCACUAUGGUGUGUCUGGUGUUGAUACAGACAGAGUGUCAGUGUCUGUGAAGGAGGGAGAUUCAGUCACUCUACACACUGGUGUUGAGACAGGCAAACGAAAUCAUAUUGCAUGGUAUUUUAAUGACACUUGCAUCGCUCAAAUCAAUGGAAAUCUCAGUCAUAAUCAUACAGAUGUUCAGUGUAAUAAAGGGACUGAUCGAUUCAGAGACAGACUGAAGCUGGACAAUCAGACUGGAUCUCUGAAUAUCAUGGACAUCAGAAUCACAGACUCUGGAGAAUAUCAACUACAGAUUAUCAACAGCAGCAGCAGUAAUAAAUUCAAUGUUGAUGUCAGUGGUUUGUUUGCUACUGAACGAUAUCAAAUCAGACAUGUGAUGAACGGAGAAUCUGUCACUUUAGUAUCGGGUGAAACAAAAGACAAGUGUAAUUUAAUGCAGUGGUACUAUAAUGACAAUCUCAUCACUGAAAUGACUGGAUAUCAGAUUAAGAUCUGUACGGAUGAUCAGUGUAAAGAGAGAUUCAGAGACAGACUGAAGCUGAACCAAACCACUGGAUCUCUUACCAUCACGAACAUGAACAUCACACACUCUGGAGUCUAUCAACUACAGAUCAUCAUCAGCAACAGCAGUCUUUGUAUCACCAGAGUGAAGAGAUUCACUGUCACUGUCUUCUUUCCAGCAGUGGGGAUAUGUGUUCUUGUCGUUUUGCUGCUGAUGAGUGCGACUGUAACUGCUGGUGUGAUCUACUGUCGCCAGAAGAAAUAUAAACCCCAAAUAAUGAAUAUAAUGAUGUUAAUAUCCCGCCAUAGAAUCAGAAAGACAUUGCUUAAGGGACUUGGUAUGACGUUAAAUCAGACCCAGGACGAGGCUGGUUAUAAAUUAGUAUGAUGACAUUUAUCAUGUUGAUACU